UCAACUACACAUCAAUAACAAUUCCACAUUUUAAGCUUCUUGUUCAAUCACAAACAUGGGAGGCACAAAAUCUCUCAAGAAUUGUACCUUGCUGCUUUCAAUUACUCUCACUUUGCUUUGUGGUUUUCUAUUGAGCUUUUCCAUGGCUACUGUUUAUUUUGUUGGUGACCAAGAUGAAUGGAAUAGCCAGACAGAUUAUGCUUCAUGGGCAGAGGGAAACAAUUUUACUCUUGGUGAUCUUCUAGUUUUCAAGUAUGUUAAAGGGCAACAUAAUGUGUAUGAAGUAAGUGAGGAGAGUUUCCGAUCAUGUGACACAAGCAAUGGAGUGUUGGCAAAAUAUGAGAGUGGAAAAGAUGAAGUUGAACUCAAAAAGGUGAAGAAAUAUUGGUUCAUUUGCAACAUUGCUGGGCACUGCCUUGGAGGCAUGAGAUUUGGAAUUGAUGUUAAACAAAGAACCAAUCUUACCCACCAUCCUUCAAAUUUCAGUGAUCAUGCAUUAACCCCACAUAACAGUAUUGAACCUACUCCAUCAUUUAAUAAUAAUAAUUCUUCUAUAAGUUUUGAAUUAUUAUUAUUAUUAUUAUUAUUAGUGUUAUUGUUCAACGUUGAUUUUUAUUAAGAAUUUAAACCUAGGCACAUAUUGUAGGUUUGACUUUAUUUUUUGCACAUUGUUUUUUUUUUUCUUUCUAGUUUUGAUGUACAUGUUUUUCU